AGUGUGGAGGGCAGAUAAUGGCUAUUUGGUUUCAUGGGUUGCAUGAGAGCUACUGGACUAAUUACACGGCUUUAAAAUAAAAGUGGACUUUGAGGAAACUAUAAACUAUUUCCAGAAGGAGACGGUAAUGCAACGUUAAGGGUGCCAACUGCCGUAAAACCGCAAAAAAGAAGAAGAAGCAGAAGAAGAAGAAGCAGAGGAAGAGCACCUGAGUGUCUCGGCUCAGUGAGGCUCCACCUCCUGCUGAUGUGCAGCCCCGCUCGCUCUGUGCGCCUCCCGGAGCUCUCCACACACUUUCAGCUGCGCAAACACCAGUGUUGUGUUUUGUUCAGACGCCCUACUUGCGUCUCGCUUUUUAAAUUUUCACCAUGAGUGCCUUGGCCUCAGAGAGCGUGUUUUUGUCCGCUUUACAGCCCAACACCUCGGUCACCACCUACGGGCUCCCGUCUGACAUCCAGCUCGGGAACGGGAGCUCCGUGUCGGACGAGGUGUCCAGAGCGCGGCGCGUCCAGCAGCAGGUCCAGAUGAGACUGGCGGAGAAGUCCACACUUCCGCGUCAGAAUGGAUCAGCCUCACACUCCGCCAUGUCAGACUACAGUGGUUCUUCUACAAUCAAGUAUCAGACCUAUAACCCAAGUUUCAGCUCUAAAUCAUCCUACAUGUACUCAGGCUCCAAAACAAUGGGUCCACGGGUAUCCCAGAGGUCGGGCUUCAGCUGCCAGUCUGCUGGUCCAGACAUAGCCCAGUUCCACAGGAUCAGUGUCGGGGGUGGAGGGGUUGGUGGUGGUGGUGGUGGUGGUGGUAGUGUUACUAGUGGUGGCAGUUUUUACCGAGAAGACAUGCGAAUGGGCGGCUACCAAGGGAAUACCAGGUCCCAGAGCAGAAUGGACCCAGAGACUUUCUCCAUGCACGCAGUGCGGCAGCACACAGCGCAGGUGAAUCCCUGGAUAGUUGAUAGCAGCGAUGCUUGCAGCUUGAUCUCUGACCGGGACACCACCUUCAACCGCCAGUACACUCAGAGUGCAAUCAACGGCUACACCAACCAGGUGAGGCAAGGAGGAGGCGCCAUGACCUUUCCGGCAAACAUACGCCGAUCUCUUAGUAGCACUCUUUCUCAUGGUGGAGGAAUGACAGGAGGAGAGGCGGAGAUCAUCCAGCAACAUUCCUACAAAGGCCCAGCCCACCGGACCAUCAGCAGGAUUACAAACCGAAACCGGAUGAGCAUGGGCUCCAUGUCUGGGACCCUGCAGCACCAGACGUCCUCAGGUGGGAGCAUCUAUGGUGGAGGGGGGGACAGAGUGGACACAGGGUUCAUCGCAUCCGGAAUGUCCACUGGUUCCCAGGGGACCAUAUUAAUGCAGCGUCCGGGCACCCUGUCCCGUGCCAUGUCAAUCAAAAGCAUGCAUAGUGUUGGCAGGGGCAUGGACAUCUACGGUGGGCAGAUGGACAUGGGAGCCAGCAUGGGCAACCUCAGCGGGAUCACAUCCUUGGACAUGCCCACAGCAGUGCAACAUCUGAGAGAGCCCGACCCUGAACUGCAGGUCCUGGGUGCCGCCUACAUUCAACAUGAGUGUUACAAUGACAACGACGCCAAAAUUGAGGUGCGUCACUUGAAGGGCAUUGGUGAGCUGGUGAAGCUGUUCAACUCCGACAACCAGGAAGUGCAGCGUUAUGCCACUGGUGCCGCACGUAACCUCAUCUAUGAGAAUAUGGACAACAAGGUGGCCCUGAUCGAGGAGGGCGGCAUCCCACAGCUGGUCGAGGCACUUAGGGAGCCCGAUGAUGAGCUCCGCAAAAACAUCACUGGUAUCUUGUGGAACCUUUCAUCCAAAGACAACCUGAAGGAGAAACUGGCCAGGGAGACACUUCCUGAGCUGACUGAGAGGAUCCUCAUCCCUCUGUCAGGCGACGGAAACUCUGAAGGCAUCCAGCAGUCCCCCUCUGAGGCAGAAAUCUUCUACAACACCACAGGAUGCCUCAGGAAUCUGAGCUCUGUGAACGAGAAGACCCGUCAGCAGAUGAGAGAAACGCACGGACUGGUGGACUCUUUGGUGGGCUACAUCAAGGCCUCCUUUGACGAUAACAAGGCAGAAGACAAGGGGGUGGAAAAUGCAGUGUGUGUCUUGAGGAACCUCUCCUACCAGCUCUACAGUGAGAUGCCUCCAUCUGCUCUGAUGCGCCUAGAAGGACCAACCAGAGCUCAGGACUCAGGAAGGGGUGACGCCAUUGGUUGCUUUACACCUCAGAGCAAGAAAGCAAAAAAUAGCCAAAACCAGGAUCUCUCCACUUUCACCGAGGUUGCUCGAGUGCCAAAGAGUGUGGAGUGGCUGUGGCACCCACAGAUAGUGGGGGUGUACAACCGUGUGCUGCAUCAGUGUGAGAUCAAUUCCACCACCCGUGAAGCAGCUGCUGGAGCGCUGCAGAACAUCACAGCUGGAGACAAGAGGUGGGCUUCAGUGCUGAGCCGUGUGGCUCUGGAGCAGGAGCGCAUGCUGCCAGUGAUGCUGGACCUUCUGCGUACCAGCAAUGACUUGGAGUUGCGUUCUCUCACAGGCUUCCUCCGAAAUCUGUCCCGUCAUGCCAGGGAUAAAAAUGACAUGGCCACAAAGGUGGUGAACAACCUGGUGACCAAGCUGCCUGUUGAUGGAAACCAGAAGGAGCCCUCCAGCGAGGUGGUGGUCAACAUCUGUGGUAUUCUCAAUAACUUGGUGACCGGCAGCUCUAUAGCUGCCAGAGACAUCGCCUUCUUUGAUGGCCUGGCAAAACUGGUCGGCAUCAAGAACUCGCAUGACAGCAGCACUGCGAAGAUGAAAGCAGCCAAAGCAGCAGCCACAGUUCUCAGCAACAUGUUCCAGUACAAGAAACUGCACAAAACAUACAAAUCGAAAGGGUUUACAAGACCAGAUUUUGCAGAUAUGACGAUCUAACGUAGUUCACUUCUACAACAGUGAUCAGUCCUGCACUCUACCAGCCCCCUUUAGAGCAAAUCUUUUCAGAUAUGCCGGAGUAAAUAAACUCUUUAUACUAUUCAAAGAUACCUUGGGUUCAGUUUUUAACUGCCUUUGUGAUUAAAAACAUGAACACACAAGUGAUGGAGGAUCUACUCGAUGAAAAAGGACUUCCUGUGUAUUUUUAAAACUCGAUGGACAUCAGGACCUGAAAUGUGGAUCCAGUACAGUGGAUUAUUGAUGGACUAAUGUGUGCACCUUUAACCGUUUUGUUUGAACACUGUAUGUUUUAGUGUGGAAUCAGGGAUUUAUUUUUUUUUUUGUCAGAGCAACUUGUUUUGCAGCUGUUUGUGUUUCUGCCAUUUUGAAAACAGUUCACGACUGUUGAUGGACAAUAUUGGUGGACCCUUGUGCCUUAUCUUGCAUACAAAUGUGGCAGUGACAUGGCAUGUUUGUAGAUAUUGCUUUCUCUUUUACACAGAAAUCAAAUGUUUAUUAUACUGUAGCUUUGUAUUUUGUAUUUGUAGUUUUUCGAUACAUAGUUAUAAUUGAAUGCAAACCACAGGAUUGCUGAAAUUUUUAUAUUACUAAAUUUGAUUCAGAAAUCUGGGGAUGAUUGUGGCUCCAAAGUUUUGUAUUUAGUUAGGUGCUUUUUAAGCUUGGGAAAUCUCAGUCUUGUCAUACAAAAUGUUGAUGUGUGACAUUUUUAAUCGCUUUGUCAAACAGAACUCAUAAGAGUACCAUUAUGUCUGUUUAUUUUUCUUUAACAUGCUAUUCUAACUGCUGUUUUUCUAUUUUAAUAAAUGGUGUGAGUAUGGGGGGAAAGUCCUUACUUUGUUUUCAGAACAAAGGCAAUAUUUGUUUAGUAUUGGGGGUCUUUUUAUGUGUUCAUAAAUGACCCCAUUGAAACCUAUUUUGGCAAGUAUAAUAGUUUAAUUCUAUUUGUUUAACUUGUAAGUAUUCAUAAAAAAGGUUUAGUUCAAAAUCUCUGAAUUGUAACUCUUACUGCUCUGUGGUAUAAAUGGUGACCUUGUGUUUCUGUGACUGUUUUAAUAUUUGCUUUUGUGUUGAAUGCAGGCAUAUGUAUCAUCUGGAUAUUUUUCAGCUAAUAAAGUGACAGAUUUGGAAGUGAAA